AUGGCCUCCUCAUCUGAAUCGACUGAGUCGACGCCCUCAUCACUUCUAAAGCGAUUGUGCUGCCAAGUGACGGGACUGUCUGAUGUCAAUAAAUUUGCACCAGCAGUUGAAGAAGAUGAAUUUCAGGUUUCAGAGAAAAUCAAAAGACAGUUGGUAAGAAAAGGUAGAGAAAAAGAUGCUGCUAUUUUUUCAGAAUUACACAGGAAAUUAAAGGCACAGGGUGUGCUACAUAAUAGAUGGGGAGUGUUAUAUUUAUUAAUGUCAUUAAGUGAUACAGCACCAUCAUCUAAACAGACAUCAUCAUUUAUCAACAGUUCAUUGUUUAGUAAAGGACUACCUGCUUAUGCUACUUCAACACCAUUCCAUGGAGGUACAAGAGGUGGGCGUGACAUGACUUUAACUCACAGUGCCCUGUAUAGUACUGGCAGUAGUGGUAUUAGUAGUAUACACAGUGGACAACAUACUGAUACUACUCCAGUCCCUCAAAGUUUUAUGCCAAGUAAUUUAAAAUCUGCAUUGGUACCCAGAACUCCAGAAUCAGAUGAAGUCAAUGAAAGUGAAUUAUUAAAAGAUUUAAUGUAUGCAUUUCAAGGUAUAGAAGGUAGAUGGAUUAAAUUCAAUACUGUUAAAGAUGGUUAUAGAAUAGAUUCUCAGGCUGGAAUACCUAAAGCAGUUAGACAACUAGUUAGUAAGUUAGCAGAAUGUGGUUGGUUAUACAAUAAAACUAAAACAUAUGUUACAUCAUGGAGUACUGAUAAAGCUUUUGGUUUAGUUGGACAGAGUUUCUGUGCUGCCUUACAUCAAGAAUUAACAGAAUAUUAUAGAUUUAUUACAGUCAUGGAAGCUCAGCUACAACAUGAACAAGAUGCAGGAUUUGAAGACUCUAGUAAUACUGGUCUAACAUUACGUAGAUUGGCUGUCUGGACAUUUGAUCCUCUAGUUAGACUUAAAGUUUUAGCUGCUUUAGUUGAUGCUUGUAAAGGUAAGAAAGGUGGUGCUCUAGCUUCAGCUAUUUACUCUUAUAUACAACAUGGUGAUCCAUUUGUUAGAUCAUUGAUAAAACAUACUUUAACUAUGGUAUUUCAACCAGUCUAUGCUACAUUAGUAAGGUGGAUAUAUGAUGGUGAAUUAGAAGAUACUUAUCAUGAGUUUUUUGUGGCAUCUGAUCCUACAGUGAAUCAUGAUAGAUUAUGGCAUGAUAAAUAUAGUCUACGCAAGACAAUGAUACCAUCUUGUAUCAGUACUGAACAAGCUAGGAGGAUAUUAUUAACUGGUAAAUCUAUAAAUUUCCUACGUCAAGUUUGUCAAGAUAGAACAUCAACUGCUGCUGAAACCAUGUUUACACAAGAUAGUAAUAAUGAUUUUCAAGAUAUGAUAGAUUUAGUUUAUAAAGAAACUAGUCAGAAUCUACUCACAGUCUUACAUACUAAAUAUAAAUUUAUGGAUCAUUUAAAGGCUAUGAGAAGAUAUCUAUUAUUAGGACAAGGAGAUUUUAUAAGACACCUGAUGGACCUACUUGAAGAAGAUCUAGCUAAACCAGCUAGUAAUUUAUAUCUACAUAAUUUAACUGGUAUAUUAGAGAUGGCUAUUAGAGCUACUAAUGCUCAAUAUGAUGAUGCUGAUACUUUAAAAAGACUAGAUGUUAGAUUAUUAGAGGUAUCACCUGGAGAUACUGGUUGGGAUGUAUUUAGUUUAGAUUAUCAUGUUGAUGGACCCAUCAGAACGGUCUUUACACCAGAAAGUAUGAUUCUGUAUCUACAAGUAUUUAAUUUUCUAUGGAGAGCUAAACGUAUGGAAUAUAUAUUGGCUAUGAUCUGGAAAAAUCAAAUAUCUUAUGCUAAAUAUUUAAAACCUAUACCAGAACUAAAUAAAAUCCUUCAUCAAUGUCAUAUAUUAGGAGCUGAAAUGGUACAUUUUAUACAACAAGUACAAUAUUAUAUCAAUUUCGAGGUUAUAGAAUGUUCGUGGGAUAUAUUAUUAACUAAAGUUGCUGAAGCUGAAGAUUUAGAUUAUAUUAUAGCAGCACAUCAAGAAUUUCAAGAUACAGUUAUAGCUAGAUGUUUAUUAGACGACAAAUCUAGAGUAAUAUUAACACAGUUGAGAACAAUAUUUGAUUUAAUCAUACAGUUUCAAACAGCACAAAGUCAAUUCUACCAAUCAGCUGAACAUGAAAUAGCUUGUAGAGAGAAAUUUAAUAAAAUGAAAGAUAAGAGAACAGAAGAGGGUGAAUGGGCUUUAACUGAAGCCGAAUCUGAAGAAGAAAGUAAUAGAAAAGAGGAGUUUCUGAAUACAGUGAUACCUUCAACAUGGGCUCAACUAACAGUUUUAGCUCAGUCUUAUCAGGAUAUGGUACAAGAUUUUCUAGUAAUGUUAACAAGUCAUGCUGAUGUUAAUUUGAGAUUCUUAAGUUUCCGAUUAGACUUUAAUGAAUAUUAUAAAUGUCGUGCUCCAGAUAAACUUCGUAGUCCCUUAAUGUAUCAACGAACUAAACGUGUUCGGUGA